CAAAUCUUUAUUACUUUAUAAAGAGCUCUCAUUUGCCUUUUCUAUUUUUCUGCUGCUUCUUCUCACUGGAUGGUUUCUUGUAUUUGGUGAGUGAUUCAGGUAGAGGAGUAGGUCCACUAUGGCCUCUCAGUCCUCGGACGGCAACCCACAAAACCCAGGUGUUGCUGAGGCUCGGCAAGAUGUUGCAGGUGAGCCUCCUAAGCAAGCUUCUAACCCAUCAGUGUUUGUGAAUACGGAACCAAUGAGAGAGGACCAGGUGCAAAAUGCUGUCAAGUUUCUUUCGCACCCGAAAGUUAGGGGAUCUCCUGUCAUCUACAGGCGCUCUUUUCUUGAGAAGAAGGGGCUUACUAAGGAGGAGAUUGAUGAAGCGUUCCGACGUGUGCCUGACCCACCUCCGAGUACACAGGCAACUAGCGCAAAUCAAGCUGAUGGACAGACAAUGACUACAAACACUCAGGCUCAAACGUUGCAGCCUGCAGCAACAGCUCCUGCUAGUCCCACUGCACGGGUGGGUACCUUUGCUCGGUAUAGAUUCCACUGGUCUCAUGCCAUUCUUGCUGUAGGAUUACUGGCAGCUUCAGGUGCUGGAACUGCUGUAAUUAUUAAGAAUGCUAUUAUUCCUAGGUUGAAGUCUUGGGUACGAAAGGUUGUAUUGGAGGAUGACGAUGACGUUGAGAAGAAAACUGACAUGAAACCCAGUUUAGCAGAAGAAGCUGCAGCAGCGGCUAAAUCAGCUGCAGCUGCAGCAGCAGAUGUGGCAAAAGCAAGCCAAGAAAUGAUGAAUUCUAAGACAGAAGAGAGGAAAUACUUUGGGGAACUUAUGAGUAUGUUAGAUGUACAAGUGCAAGAAAUGAAGUCUAUGAGUAAUUCCAUACAGAAAUUGGAAGGAGAAACGAGGGCCUCAAAAGCAUCUCUUAAUGAUCCUGAAGAUAGUCGACUCACUGUCACGAGGUCAAAGCAACAAUAUGUGAAUGGCAAGGCAGAGUACGACAUGCAGUCAGUGCAAUCUUUCGCAGCUCCUGCAUCUGUGGAACCAUCUACUGCACCUCACUCAAAGUCUUAUAUGGAGAUCAUGGCCAUGGUACAAAGAGGGGAAAAACCUCCUAAUGUCAGAGAAAUUGAUGAUUUACCGCCCAAUCCUAAUCAGCCGCCCUCAAAUCCUCGCUUGGCACCUAGAGCAAAGCCUUGGGAGCUUGGUCAAACACAAAACAACUCAAGCCAAGUAUAUCAGUCCCAAACAAGCAGCGAAGCCUUCAGUUCGAGCAUGCAGGAUAAUGGACUCAAUUAUUUAAAUGGUGACAGUUCAGUGCCUUGGUGGCAGCGAAAAACUCCCAGUAUCACAGAGAUUGAAAAUGAAGAUGAAGUCAAAGCAGCUAGUUCACAAGUAGUUAGGCAGCCAGUCCAGCGUGCAUGGGUUCCUCCACAGCCACCCCCAGUUGCAAUGCCAGAAGCAGCUGAAGCCAUCCGACGGCCAAAGCCAUCUGUGCAGAAAGAAUCUCUGGGUAAUGAUCAGUUUGUAGCACGUUCAUCAUCGGAUAUGACUGAUGAGUUACAGAGGAUAACAAAAAUAUCCGAGUCUGGAGGAGCGUUGGAGAUGAACAAUGGUAGUACUGCAGAAAUCAGUAAUGGGAAUUCAUACCUGAACUCCACAGAGAUACAUGAAGCGCAAGAAAGCUAUGAGUAACAGUGUUCAUUUCAAUUAACAGCUUAAAAGAAGAUUCCAUCCACGGCGACCAACCUGGAGACUCCGAGUGGGAGUUAAAGACUUGCACAAGUGAUACAUGCAAGGAUGAGAGACGGUGAGAUAGCAAAACGUGUUGUAAUAAGUUUGCCGAAAGCAGAAUUAUAGAAAUGGGCUAUGUAGAGUUGUCCAAAGUCCAAACCCACCCUUGUCUAGUUGUCUUGCAUUGGAGGCAUAAGUAUGUGCAUUUCCAAAGCGUCUAUUUCAGGCUCUUCUUGGUGGUGUUACUACCACUGAAAUAUAAAUCUAUAUACAGAUGUCGUUUCAUG